UUAAAUAUUUGAUUCUUUUAUAAACUUUAUAAUAUAUCAACAAUCAUUUUUGAAACGGAAUGUCCUUUCAAUAGAAGGUAAUCAUUAGAAAUGAUAUAAUCAAUUGUCAGGAUAUCAAACCAAGGAUAACAUACAACAUUUAAUAUAUGAAAAAUAUUUGUGUACAAUUUGGUGGAGGUGUUCUUUAAUAUCUAUAUGCAAUUUCAUCAGGUGUGGUUUGAUUCCCUGAUGAUGGUAUAUAAGAACUUGUUUAGUAAAUCUUUAAUGAUGGACUCAUUGGAUCAGUUAACUAUUAAUAAUUUAGAAGUCAUGGAUGUAGAAAGAGGUUCUGUUAAUAGUAGUGUAAUGAACAUUGACAGGAACAAAAUUGAAGCUAUUCCUAGAACUAAUCAACCUGUAGAAUUGCAAGACUUAACGGGUUUAACUGUAUAUGAUGUGAAUCAUUUUGAACAAGAAGUUUUACAACAAGUUACAAAUGAUGUAUUGGAUAGUAAAACUGUUUUAAACACUGGUGAGGUUCCUGCAAUGACUUUAGGAGUUUUAGGAAUUGAAGAAACUGAAUAUGAACGUAAAAUUAGAACAGGAGAAAUGACACCAUUUGGUUCAACAGAUGUGUCACAAAAAAAGUCCAAAAGCUCUGAAGAUAUGUUAGAAAAAUAUUUGGUAUCUCAAUCUAAAUUUUCAAAAAUGAUUCAUAAAUCUAAAAUUAAAACAUCUGGUACAAAAAAAGAAUUGGAAAUAAACACAGAA